AUGUCGAACUCGGACUCAGACGCCUCGUCGGCAAAAAAGCCUCAAAGCGACACGGGCUAUAUUGAAGGCGACGACUUUUACACCCAAUGGAGGAAUAUCUUCGCCAUCCUGACCGGCCGCAUGUCUGACGAGGGCAAGGAGCAGUUUCGUCUUGCGAAAGACAUUCGAAACGAAGCGGUAGACUGCAAACGGUGCGAAGACCAACGAGAUUAUCUUUUGAAUUAUAGCCCUAUCAUCCGGUAUCUAAGCGAUAACAUUCGUCAAUUAGGCGGCGACCUGUCGAGUCACAAUAUUUAUUGUCGUCGUUGUACUACGAGGAAAGCCGGUGGUUUUGAUCCAGAAUAUGGUAUUCAGAUAUGCGCGAAUGAGAUGCGGGAUCAGGGUCACUUGGAGGAUACGAUAGCACAUGAAAUGGUCCAUGCUUAUGAUCACCUUCGCUUCAAACUGAACUGGGACAGUGACUUGAGACAUGCGGCGUGCGCAGAGAUUCGAGCAAGUUCACUCAGCGGCGAGUGUCGCUGGGCGCGAGAAUUUUUCCGGCGAGGCCAAUGGAAGCUUACACAACAGCAUCAGGAGUGUGUCCGGCGACGAGCAAUACUUUCCGUGCGGGCAAGACCGUUCUGUAAGGAUGAGGCUCAUGCAGAAAAGGUCGUCAACGAGGUGUGGGAAAGCUGUUUCCGUGAUACACGGCCAUUUGAUGAAAUCUUUCGAUGA